UAAUGCGGAUGGUCACGCUGGUCAAAUUUAGUUUGGAAGCCACAGCCCGCCACGCUCUAUGAAGAGGUUUGGCAGCCUAAGGAGGAGCAAGAAACGCAAGGAGCAAGAUGGACUCGGCGGAAAGCAUCAGUCGGAGGCAUCGUGCCUUUCGGCCUCUGGAAUCUCCACACCACCCACCACGCCAACACAGACACCCAGCCAGCCUGUGUUCACCCAGGAGGCCCCGCAGAGCGUUCCAAGCCCGGAACGCCUACUGGGGGACCGUUUCCGCUCCCGCUGUGUGUCGACGCCUCCCGACACAGGACAGCGCCCCACCCUUCCCUCGGCAAAACCACCAAAACCUUCCUCGAGCCCUGUGCCGCUGUACUCUACCUCACAGCAAGUGUCUGGUUUAUUCGAAGGUAUGCUGGAGAAACUUGAAAUAAACGACGAUGUUGCUGAACCUGAGAGUGAUAUUUACAUGCGAUUUAUGAAAUCCCACAAGUGCUAUGACAUCGUCCCUACAAGCUCCAAGCUGGUCGUGUUCGACACGGCGCUCCAAGUCAAGAAGGCAUUUUUUGCCCUGGUUGCCAAUGGCGUACGAGCUGCUCCACUGUGGGACACAGAGAAGCAAAGUUUUGUGGGGAUGCUGACAAUCACAGACUUCAUCAUAAUCCUUCACAGAUACUACAAGUCGCCAAUGGUACAAAUAUAUGAGCUGGAAGAACAUAAGCUGGAGACGUGGAGAGAGGUUUAUCUUCAAGCAACUUUCAAGCCUCUCGUCAACAUAUCGCCUGAUGCAAGCCUCUUUGAUGCAGUCUACACGCUCAUCAAAAACAAAAUUCACCGCCUGCCUGUCAUAGACCCAGUCACAGGGAACGCACUUUAUAUUCUCACGCACAAGAGGAUCCUCAAGUUCCUCCAGCUUUUUAUGUGUGAGAUGCCAAAGCCGGCCUUCAUGAAGCAGACCCUCGGGGAGUUGGGCAUCGGCACAUACCAGGACAUUGCCUUCAUCCACCCCAACACGCCCAUCAUUAAAGCACUAAAUAUCUUCGUGGAGAGGAGAGUGUCUGCUUUGCCUGUAGUGGAUGAGUCAGGCAAAGUUGUGGACAUCUACUCCAAGUUUGACGUCAUCAACCUGGCAGCUGAAAAGACGUACAACAACCUGGACAUUACGGUGACGCAGGCCCUCAAGCAUCGUUCACAGUACUUUGAAGGUGUCAUGAAGUGCCACAAGAUGGAAACAAUGGAGACAAUUGUGGACAGAAUUGUUAAAGCUGAAGUGCAUCGGUUGGUGGUGGUGGACGAGCGCUCCAGCAUCGAGGGCAUCGUUUCCCUGUCGGACAUCCUCCAGGCCCUGGUGCUCAGUCCAGCAGACUGCUGCAAGGAGGAGAACCUGAGCGAGUGAAGAGGAGCUGAAGAGGAGACGGACGGACACCAAAGAGGAGUGUGCACUGAGGACUGCGCUUCUUGAAUGUAUGAGCUGAACACUAAUCAGAUAUGUUGUACAUAUACAGUACAUAAAUACAUUAUUAUGGUCACCUUGCCAGGGAAAGGUGGAUCAGACGGGUUCUUUGAAAAAAGGUUUUGAGUUCAGCAUUCUCACUGUUUGCAAAUACAAAGGUUGCAUUGUUUGUAUCCUCCUUUUGUUUGGACAGCACAGGUUAUAGUGUUAUUAAAACACAUUUCACUAUCUUCAAUUCCCUUUUUUUUUUACCCAUAGAAUAUUUGUGACACGAAAUGUGUAAAGAAAAUUUGGGUGAUAUUCUUUUCACUGGUCACAGACUCUUCGAAUAUUUUUUUUUUAAAUGAACAUUAAAAAACAACAUGGCUGCAGCUGAACAAAACUCAUCUCCCCGUUUUGACUGUAAAUAGGAUUAUUUUUGUUCCACAAAAAAAGCUUUAUUUUUUAUGUCACGUGUUCAAAGAGACUGCAGAUGUGUGGGGUAUUUUUGUAAAUAUGCUGCUGGAUCCACCACAUGUACUGUAAAUGUGCAAAGCAUGACACAACACUUUACAGUGGUAUGAAUGUUAUUUGCUUUUUUGGUUCUUUGUUCUCAUUUUUCUGCCUGCAGAAAAAUAAAAGACACUGAAUGUA